GCCACCUGGUUGCAAAUUCCUCCUCACGAAUUUCUUGUCGUGCGGGUAAUAAGCAUUUUCCUAAUUUAAUCAAUUACAAGUAUGGACGAUGACGCGUGGCAGGACCUCGUGGGCAUCAGCGCCGAUCCGCCCAACAGACGCGACAAGUGCGAGAAGUGCAAACGACCCGUGGUAGUUUGCUGGUGUCCGGCUUUGCCGCAUCCACCUGAGGCGGUGGCCUCACAGAUUGUGAUACUGCAACACCCUGCAGAGGAGAAGAGAUCACUGCGCACAGCACUGAUGCUGCAGUUGGGUCUGGAGCCGGGAAAAUGUGUCGUCUACAAAGGCAAGCGUUUUCCAAACCAUAGAAACCACGCUGAUCUGCAGAGGAUUCUGGACUCCCCACAAACAUUACUUCUUUAUCCCAGUCGGGACUCAGUCCCACUGGAGGAGGUGGAUCGCAGUGCGGGUCCUUACACACUGGUGCUCAUCGAUGGUACCUGGCCGCAGGCUAAAGCCAUUUACGCCAGCAGUCCGGCUCUACACCGCCUGCGGCAGGUGAAACUCAUCGCCGUGGGCAUAAGUGACUACAUCAUCCGAACCCAGCCCACGGAAGGAUGCCUCAGCACGCUAGAGACCGCAGCGCAAUGCCUGGCCGUGCUCGAGUCUCGGCCAGAGCUAAGACAAACGCUUGUGCGACCGCUGCACACGCUGUGCAAGUACCAACUCGAAAACGGAGCCGUGGAGCAUCAGUCGAAGGAGUUUCUAUUGAAGAACAACCAAUAUCCCAAGCCUAUUGGCAAGCGGCUCAGCCGACUGCUUAGAAACACCGCUUGCGAUGGCAAUGAAGAAACGUGAUAGGCAGGGCAGAAAACACAGGAUAUGUUGCAUGUGCCUGUGCUUUAUAACAAACUUUGUGUUCCGGUCGUAGCCGUAUUUGAUUUGGUAACGCUAAUAUAAUAAUUUUCUACUGAUAAGUCCAAGAUGUGGCCUUUGCUGAACGUCAUAUGGUGGGUUUGUUCCUGGCAUCCGUGAGAGCUCUGGUGAACACGCACUUGACGAUGGCAUAGCCCCGCAUGCAGGCAUUCGUCUCGUCCUCUGGGGAUUACACAUUAAAGAUUUCGUUUGUAACUUAGUCCCACUUAGAACACUCACUGCCUUCAGCUUCACAGGCCUCCACGGAAUCGCCAGUGGCUGGCCAAACAUAUUUGCGCACCAAAUCGGUAUUUAACUUAUAGUCUGUCAUCAAACCGGACUUUUCGAAAAAGCAGUGGAAAUAGCACUGCAAGAAAUUUUUGAGUAUUGGAGGGCAAAGGAUCUGCAAGAGACACCUACCAUGCUGGUUGCCCUAUCCUUGUCAUCUUGUAACUCCCCAGUGCUAUUAAACUGCAAGACAUUAGCUGAAAGAAGUUAAAAAUAAGGCAACAUUUCCUUUGUUAUCCUUCGCAGUAUUUCCACACUCACUCGUCGACGUUAUAAAACUAGCAUUGCAGUUCCGAAUAACCUCUUCAAAAUCUACGUAGUCAGCAUCUCUAGGAGCUGAGGUGGUGGUGGAAAUGUCAUCCACAUCGCCAUCGAAACUGUCAUAGUUUAUAAUAAAAAUAUCGCCAUUGUCCUUGGCGUGAUCCUGUAGAGCCUUGGCACAAUUCAGGCUCAAGUUCAGAAAAGCAAAGACAGCACAAGCUCUGACUAACGCGGAAUACAUCUUGCACUAACAAAACACUGGAUGGGAUUUUGUGACUGCCCUUUUAUAGAUCACAUUCUCAUGCAUUUAAUAGAUUUGGUCGUGCCAUGCACUGUUACAAUAAUUUGAUAUAAUAUUUCCGGAAAUUGGAUACCAAUAAAGUGUACUUUGAAUAAAACACACAAAA